AUGUCUGAUUUAAUUGAACUACAGAGGAGCUACCUAAUAGGGGUUUUGAAUCAGAUUGAGACGAGAAAUAACUUAAAGUUUCUUAUUAUCGAUAAAACUGUGGAGACGAUAUUGAGUUACCUUUUCCUCACACCUCAAGAACUUUUAAAUAAUGUCACAUCUGUUGACUUAAUUGAUUCCCCCACAAGGAAAGGACAGACUUCCAUAGAAGCUAUUUAUAUAUUGGAACCUACAAAAUAUAACAUUAAUUGCAUUGACGCUGAUUUUAUGGUAAGACCCCCAAAAUACAGAAGAUGUCACAUCAGAUUCUUACCAGGAUUGACAAACCCUAUAUUCCAAUUCUUUCAAUCGAAACGUUAUAUUGCUCAAAAUCUAGAGUCAUUCAAGCCCAUUGAACUAGGAUUCUUCGUCAAAGAAUCUCAAUUCUUCCAAACCUUACAAAUGGAACACUCACUGCAGGUUUUUUUCAACGAUAACUGCAAGGCUCUAAUUCCUACUAACGUGAGGAAGAUUGUGGGCUCCCUAGUUAGUUUAUGUGUUGUUACUGGGGAAUAUCCGAUUGUCAGAUAUUCUGUAUCGAAUCCUGUAGAAGAAGAGGAUGCUCGCAACGGAAAUGCUGUGGUCAAUGGAAAUUCUUUAACGAGAUCUAUUGCGAACGCUUUCCAAAUGGCGAUAGAUACAUACGCUCGUAAUAAUCCUGAUUUUCCUCCCCAAAAUACUGAAAGACCGCGUUCGAUUCUAAUAAUCACUGAUAGAACAUUAGACCCCUUUGCCCCAAUAUUACAUGAUUUUAGCUACCAAGCAAUGGCUUAUGAUCUAGUAACUAAUGUGGAUACACAAAAAGAUAUCUAUCAUUAUUCUGCCGAGAAUGAAGCUGGUGAACAGGAGGAAAAGGUUUCCAAAUUGGUAGAUUUGUAUGAUCCUGACUGGAUCGAUUUGAAACAUCAGCAUAUUAUGGAUGCUAACGAAUACAUUCAAGGUAGAAUUAAAGAAUUAAUUGCCAAAAACCCUCUUCUAGUUGAUAGAUCGAACGUAAAGAAUACUACCGAUUUACUGAGUGUCGUAGCGCACCUAAAGGAUUUUGAUGAGGAAAGAAGAAGGCUGAUUUUACAUAAAACCUUAAUUGAUGAAUGUUUAGGAGAGAAUGCGGAAAGAAAAUUGGCAGAUGUCUCUGCUGUUGAACAAAACCUAUCCGGAUUUGGAAUGGAUUUUAGUGGUGAAAAGACGAAGCAUAUUAUUGAUGAUCUCCUACCAGCAUUAGCAAUGAAGGAACCGACAAUAUUAGAUAAGCUGCGUUAUAUUAUUGCGUAUGCUCUUUUCAGAGGCGGAAUUAUUGAGUUAGACUUCAUUAAGUUAUUGAACUUUACAGGAAUUACUCAUGAACAUGAAAGUUUCCAGCAGUAUUUAAAAAUCUUCAGAAACUACGAUCUGAUGGAUUUCAAACUGAUCAAAGACAGACCGAAGGAUAAACCAUUUCAGAAGGAAUGGUUUCAUGAUACUUUAGUGAAUGAUCCAAAUAUCUAUCACACUUCAAGGUUUGUUCCCGCUGUAGGGAAUAUUCUUUCAAAAAUUAUAGCGAAUCCAUUGUUAUUGAGCGAACAAUAUUUCCCAUACUUAAAGGACAAACCAAUCGAGCUAUUGAAUGAAGAAGAAUUCCAGGCAGGCUUAGCGAAUACCUCUGCUAAUUCCUCCUCAUCCUUAAGAAAUCCCCGCCAUAAAGCAGCUUGGACCACGAAAAGCUCUAAUAUAAAAAAGAACGUACCAAGGCAAAGAUUCUUCUAUUAUAUUAUUGGUGGUAUAACAAUCCCCGAAAUAAAAGCGGCUUAUGAUCAAUCAAACUUGAAGAAUAGAGAUAUUUUCAUUGGCAGCGACGAAACGUUAACACCAACAAGAUUCUUAGAUGAAGUGGAACGUUUACAGAAUCCAAGAGAAUUUUUCAAAUUCAAGGAAGACCAGCGCCAGCAAAUAAAUCCGCCUGAUUUCCUUUUGAGAGAAAUGAAACCAGUGGCACAACCAGUUUCUCAUGUUCAUUUAAAAAGCCAGGAUAACAGUCCCAAGUCUGGUACUUCUAGUCCCAAGGUAACAGGUUCUCUUAAGUCAGAACCUGCCGAAAAAGAGAAGAAACGUAGUAAAUUCUCGAGGUUCUUGAAAAGAAAAUCUCACCAUGAUAAAUGA